AUGAAUGCCACAACACAAUUCUUCACUUCUACCAUACAGGCAUCUCUUCGGUGUGAUCCUUGGUCGGAUGAAAUGCUCACUCUUUGGGUCCCAAUUGUAUUUUAUUGGGUCUACAGCAUCUCCUUUCACUUUUUGAUGAAGGCCGAAAUCCCAUUCUUUGAGAAAUACCGCAUUCACACCUCAAGCGACAUGGAAAAACGCAACCGAGUAUCUAUCACUAAAGUACUCUACAUGGUUGCUUUUCAACAAGUCAUUCAAGUCAUCCUGGGCAUCAUUGUUUUCCGGCCAGUCGAUCAAAACCUUUUGGCUAUCCAACAAAGAUUUUUCAGUGUUAUGGAUAAUAACCUUCCACGCAGGGUUAUCAUGGACGCACAUCAGUACUUUUUCCAUCGCCUGUUUCAUGUCAAUAAAUUCCUUUAUCGACAUAUUCACUCCCAUCACCAUCGCUUGUAUGUUCCAUAUGCAUUCGGAGCAUUGUACAACCAUCCUGUAGAGGGGUUUAUGUUGGACUCUGUCGGAGCAACACUUGCAGUUGAGAUUACUAGAAUGUCGCCUCGCUUGAGUAUGAUCUUCUUUACAUUCUCAACACUCAAGACAGUUGAUGACCACUGUGGGUAUGCACUUCCAUGGGAUCCACUGCAGUUUCUGUUUGGAAACAAUGUCGAAUAUCACGACAUCCACCACCAACCUUACGGGAUCAAGAAGAACUUUUCCCAACCCUUCUUUACCAUCUGGGACAAAUUCUUUGGUACUGAACUGUCUGUACAACAAGUAAAAGCUUCCAGAAAAACAAAGAAAGUCGAGUAA